CUAUACUGCAGCGGUAAAACAAAAUUACCAAGCUAUUCUGCAACACGGACAGCUUAUAAAUGCGAAUGGUAAUGAUAAUAAUUUUAUGGACACCAACCUGGACAAUCAAUGUAUGGCCAAAAUGUCUAAUAAAUGCAUGAAAGAUAGCGUCAAACUUCAUAUGAAUGAUGAUUACUAUUGCUGUCAGUUAUGGGACCUCAUUGAUUGCUAUCAACAAAAUUACCAGUAUGACUGCACAUACGUCGAGCAACAGUCCAUUCAGAAUGACUGGAAUUUACUUCAACUGGAUUUCAGUGGCAAAGUAUACACUCAAAGCUCGUGUACUAAUCAGGGCUACCAACGGACUAUGGACAGGCGUUAUGACUGCACAUACGUCGAGCAACAGUCCAUUCAGAAUGACUGGAAUUUACUUCAACUGGAUUUCAGUGGCAAAGUAUACACUCAAAGCUCGUGUACUAAUCAGGGCUACCAACGCACUAUGGACAGGCGUUCGUAUUGCACAAACGCCGAGCAACAGGCCAUUCAAAUGGACUGGUAUUACAUUCAACUAACGUUUAAUGGUUUUUCCCUUACGGAGACCAAAUGCAAUGUCCAAGCUCUAUUAAGGAAU